AUGAGAAAAGUCACUUGUGCAAGACGUUCGUUUUGCAAAGAUGUUCGUUGUAUUUGGUACAUUGGCCUUGAUACAGUUGUUUAUCUACCAAAAGACCAGAUCUCAACCACUUGCGUUCUAAACGUCGGCGUUCAACCUUCAUUUUAUGGUGGUCGCACAAAUACCAUGGAGCAUGAGUUUACUACACCAUCCAUCCCCCUUAACAAAGAACGCAUAAUCCUGUUAAAAGAGCAUGAAAUACCUACCAGACCGUGGAAAAAGUUAGGAGUAGACUUGUUUGCCCUUGAUGGUUCCAAUUACCUCAUUCUCUGCGAUUAUUACUCAAAGUUUCCAAUCGUCAAAUAUCUACGCAGCGGUACUACAGCUAAAACAGUCAUCAACGUGUUAAGAGAAGUUUUUGCAGAACACGAUACCCCAGAUGAAAUUGUCAGUGAUAAUGGUCCGCAAUUUGACUCCGACGAGUUUGAGCAAUUUGCAGAAAGUUGGUGCAUUACUCAUGUCAAGACAUCACCACGAUAUAGUCAAUCAAAUGGAUUCAUCGAGCGCCAAGUACAGACAGUAAAGAAUACGCUAAAGAAAGCUACUGAAUCUAAGGAAGGCCCACAACGCGCUCUAUUGAUACUCAGAUCAACGCCUACCGACAGUAGACUCCCAUCUCGUGCGGAAAUCUUGAACCAAAGAGUCUACAAGUCGAACAUGCCAAUGCGAAUCUCUGGCGGUCUUAGCGAAGUCGAUAGCGCACUCGCUGACCGUCAAGCAACACAAAAACGCUAUUAUGAUAAACACGCGAAACAGUCGCAAGCCCAAAAAGAGGGGGAAAGUGUUAGAGUAAUUAACAAUGAAGCAAAUCUACGCAAAUGGGAACCUGCGACAGUGUUAAAGAAACGAAGUGAGCCAAGAUCGUACGAUGUUGAAUUGUCUGAUGCAUUUAUCCUACGCAGAAGUAGUCGCCAUAUUAGGAAACCUGCGAGAUUUGCAAACAAAUGA